AUGGUCAUCAAGACUGGCGAUCUCUUCGCAAUUAAAAGCGUCACUCAUGCACCGGCUUGUCAUUCCCUAGGUUAUAUCACGUCAACUACUGAAAACGUCCUGCAAAUUCCGACGGAGAAGACAUUGGUUGGGUUGCAGUUAGCUACUACGGCCAAUGGAAUCGUCGGGGCAAGACUUAUUCUGGAAGCUGGUUCUUCAACACGCGCCUCGCCAUGGGUAGGAAAUAUUGGAGCAGGUGAACCGGAUGUUGCAUUUGGGAUAUUAUCUCUGCCAGGAGGGUUAUGUCCUCUUGACUUCGCUGCUAGUUUUGAUAUGAUUUCGCUCGCAAUCAACGAAAUUGGGCUGCCUGAUACAUCUUACUGUGACUCGCAAUUCUCAGAGGGAAUGACUCCGCACGGCCUCGUUCCACAGCCGCUUUGGACGCCAUGUUGCCCAAGGGAAACAUCAUUCAUACCUGUGCCUGAGAAUCUCGAGUGCCAGACCUUCAAUCGUAUUCUCAAUAUUAACUUCGGAGGAACCAGAGGCGAAAAUUUGAAAAAGCUGACUCGAAUUGUGGUGCACAUGGAAAGCAGGACGGCCGCUUUCGUGGGUAUCAUGUUCGAGUUCGAUGGGCAAACCCCCAUACUAUGUGGAAAACAAGGUCGCACGGAGGUUUCGUUCCUUAUCAGUGGCCCUACUGGAGAGAGGAUAUCGGAAGUUAUAUACGAACAGACCUUAGCUCCCCUGGGUCUCCGGUCUCUUCGCAUUCAAACAAACUUAGGAAGAAGUGCCACUUUCGCACCCGAUGAACUUCGAACAGAACGUUCUGGAGAACUUACCUCUAUGAUCUCAUUUCCGUUGGUCGAGGAGCGAGAUGAUAGUGCUCUAAAGUAUAGCAAGGGAUCGCUGAGAGCUCCCGAAGGACAGAUAAUUACAGGGUUCACAUCAGUACUGGAGACAUUUGGCUUGCAAUGUAGCUUUGUGUCGGAUUCCACGAUACCAGGCGGCCAAGUCCAAAGCACUGCUAGUGACCCUACUCCUUCUGCUGCUGAGCUGUGCUUUUCGGUAGGAUCCUAUCUCAUUGGUGGGGCUAGAACAAGGUGUAUGGCCUACACGUAUGCUUCGUUGAAGUCGGUCAAGCGCAUUCGCUUCUCGUGCGGAUCUUCAGCUCGCCCGCGGCAAGAGAAUGAGAUAUCCGGGCUGUGGCUGGAGUAUUUUGGACCACAGCCUCCAGCAAUUAUAGGCCAAUGGAUCUCGGAGAUCGACUCCAUGGAACUUGAGCCGCAUGAAGAGAUAGUGGAAAUGGUCUUUGGAAUAUCAAAGACCGAUUUCUCUUUCAACGAGAAAUUCCAUCUCGGUCGGGUAGUUCGCAUUUCUCUCUUAACUUCUCGCAUGCAAUCAAAGCUUGUUCAGAACGUUAAGACACUCUCUGAAGAUGGUUACAUUGAGUUGAAAUUCCGGACGAACAAAAUGGAGAAGCUGGAUUCCCUUGUGUGGGCAUUCAAUGCUCUUUAUGAUCAUCCUCGAAUUCUUUCCCUACCGAGAACAGACCUGGAUCGGGGACUAUCCCUUUGGGAUCCAAGAUUCUAUCUCAACGUGUUUCCGUGGAUGGUUCCGGAGAAGAUCAUGUGGGAUGAUAUCAAUCUCCAGGGCGAGUCUGAUCGAAUCGCCACUAUUGCGGCAUAUCGAAGUCCCGUUUAUGGAGUUCAAUGCAUAACAGGCCUUGCAUUCACGUACAAGUCAGGUGAAACUCGCAUAAUCGGUUAUACGCAAGCUUCACUGGAGAGCCUCGAGGGUGGGCGCCGCCAUAAUACGGUGUCUUGUACAUUGACCGGACAACCUACGGAGACACUGAUGGAUGGCGAACCUACCGUUCAUCACUACCGGCUGGAUUUCGCUGCUUCUCAAUACAAAGAAUACACCAUUGAGCGCGGUACCGGCCGUCUGGAGACAAAAUCAAGGGAUCUUCCAAAGAAAGAAGUAGUUGGAUUGUGGGGCUUCAAUAUGGGAGACGGCAGGCUUGUUCUAGGCGUCAUAUACUCAGACAAACGCCUGGAAUAA